GCGCGGUUUCUUCCACCGUCAUCGUCCAAUCAGUGGCGUUCCUGCCGGAUUUCCUGUCAGAAAAUGUCAUGCAAGUCACCCGCGCCUCCCGUGCUCCAAACAGUCACCGUCACCAUAUCAUAUCCGGAGCUUAUAGUACGUAUCUUGACGGCCCUGUUUGGUUGCCGAGAAAACGGAGGAAAAGGCUUGGAAAUGAAGUUUCGGGACUUUGAUUUUUCGGAUGUUUGGUUCCCUGGAGAAUGGAGCACUCGACGUGAGUCUGUCAAUGUGUUGUGCGAUACUCAGUUGAGCUGUUCUUUCUUUAUUGGGAACUGAACAAACGAGAAUUGUGUGAUAUGAAUUUUGUUUCCGUCACUCUUUUCUUUUUCCGAUUCUCAGUAAGCAAAUAGAGACAAUUUUUACCUUUUUCGGAGGGACCCGACCAAAAGAAACGGAAAAGAAAUUCACUUUCUUACUUCUUCUAAUGUUUGGUUCCUGAGAAACUAAAAACCUCAUCUCACUAAAGUGAUUGUAUAAGACUUAAUUCAGUUGAUUAUUCUUUUUAUCUCCUUAGGAAACAAACAAUUGAAAAUACGCGGACAAAAAUGCUGAUUUAUCAAUGAAGAUUGAAGAAGGGUUCGGACCCAAUGGAUUGGGUAUUCUGACAAUAGCUGAUGUACCUGGAUUUUCUUUAUUGCGUCAAAAUCUCCUACGCCUUUCACCUAGGUUAGCAAGCCUACCUGAGGAGGUGAAGAAGGAACUUGAAGAUCCUAAUAGCAGGUACAACUUUGGAUGGAGUCAUGGGAAAGAGAAGCUUGAAUCUGGAAAACCUGAUAUGUUGAAAGGCUCUUUCUAUGCAAAUCCAAUAUUAGACAUACCCACAACUGAGGCACCUCUUAUCCAACGGUAUCCAUCAUAUUGUGGACCAAAUAUAUGGCCAAAACAUGCUUUGCCAGAACUCGAAGUGGCUUUCAAAGCUCUUGGGAAGCUGAUCCUGGAUGUUGGGUCAAUGGUGGCAUAUCACUGUGAUCAAUAUGUAUCCAGAUUGAUGAAAAUUAAAGAGGAUGAAGGCCUAGAGAAGAUACUUCUUCGCUCUCGGUGCCACAAAGGGCGUUUGCUUUAUUAUUUUCCAGCAGAGAAGAGUAAUUGCAGCAGGGAUGGUGAUUCUAUGUCAUCUUGGUGUGGAUGGCAUACAGACCAUGGUUCCCUUACAGGUCUGACAUGUGGCAUGUUUAUGAGAGAUGCUGUAGAAAUACCUUGCCCUGAUAGUGCUGCUGGUCUUUAUAUUAAAACCCGAACUGAUCAAAUAGUUAAAGUUGUCUUUGGAGAAGAUGAAAUAGCAUAUCAAAUUGGUGAGACGGCUGAAAUACUGUCCAGAGGUUAUCUUUGUGCAACACCACAUUGCGUUCGGGCACCUAAGGGAGAGGAGGCUUCUGGUGUUGAACGAUCAACAUUUGCAUUAUUCAUGCAGCCUGACUGGGAUGAAAAGCUUAAUUUUCCUGAGGAGGUGCAUAUUCAUCAAGAGUUGAUCCCAUCAAACUGUGCCUUAACUUUUGGAGAGUAUUCUGAGAAGCUCCUCGACAAAUAUUACCACCUGAAAAAUUAAGGGCUCGUGUUUCUGUCUGAACAUUGCCUAUUGUUAAAAAGUUUCCUCCCUAAUGCUAGGGAGAAAUAAAUAACAAUUCAAAUGAUAUGAUGUAAAACAAUUUCAUUUGCAUAAUUGACUUUUAGUUGGCAGUAGUCAUCUCCCUUUUCUUCA